AUGGCUUACGCAACGGACAAUGGGCGCGACUCAAGUUCAAUGAGAAGUGGCGGCGGGUCCACGGACCAAACCCUGUCAUCAGCCGUGACAAGGCCCCCUGCGCAAACCUCCAUGUCGACACUCACCGCCUCCUCCUCGUCGAACUAUUCCUCUAGCGUGUCGAGCGGCAGCCAAAAUCAGGGUGGGGGUAUCCCUGGCACACCCAUGAGCAGACGCUCAGGCGGAUGGGACCGGCACACGCUUUCUCCGGCAGCGGCUGCAAGGGCCAGGUUUGAUGAUCCUAUGAUUGAAGACCAUGUCGUUGAUCAGCCAAGCAGUCUACGGCCCCAGGAGGAUCUAGAUGACUCUUCUGAUUCUUCAGAUGAAUACAUGACGAGUUACAAACCUUUGGAACGGAAAUCCACCAAGGCCAGCGGGUCACGCUCCAAACGUUUCUUUCAAUCUUUCGUCAAGAAGUUGACCAAAUCCUCUGUUCGUCCGUUUCCCCCUCCCCCGGUUCUGACAAGCCAUUGGCAUCCGAGAAUUAAUCAAACAAUUCACAGGUUACGGCUUGGUGCCAAACAGCCCGUCAUUCAGCACACCAUCAUCAUCGAUGUCUUCAGAGGGCGGCUUCACUUAGCACCUAUCUCAUCAAAGCCGAGACGGGUUCUUGAUGUCGGCACUGGCCCUGGAACAUGGGCAUUGCCGGCUGCUACCAGAUCCAACUGUAGCUUUAUGACAGUGGAUAUUACGCAUGAUUGGGACUUCACCGACGGCGGUAACUUCGAUUUUAUUCACAUUCGACAACUUGGUGAUAUUCAGGAUAAAAAGAAAUUACUCCAAUCGGCUUUCGACAAUCUGAAGCCUGGAGGAUGGGUCGAACUCACGGAAUGGAUCGCAAUUCUACAGUCACCAAAUCAUUCAUUGGACGGCACCGCAUUCCGCAGAUGGAAUGAUCUGCUGGAGCAAGGAAUGCGCACUUUUGGUACAACGCUGUACUACCCGAAUCAUUUCAAGCCAUUGCUACAGGAAACUGGCUUUGAUCACAUCAUUGAGACCAGAAACGGCGCGACGUCAAAUGCGUGCUAUCCUGGGAAAAAGUUGCAACGCAUAGGCCAUCUAAUGACGCAGAACUGGCUGAUGAUUCUUGAGCCAUUAACAAUGCCUGUUUUUACGCAAGCGUUGGGCUGGACUCCGGAUGAAGUCAAGUCGUUUCUGGUCGAUGUGCGGAAAGAGAUUCCCAACACAAAAUACCAUUCCUUCAUGACGCUAAUAACGUUUUGUGCCCAAAAGCCGUUAAAUAGUUCAUCCACGUCGGCAAAAUCGACCUCAGCCUCAGCCUCCGCAUCCGAAUCUUCUCUUCCCACGAUAAAGUAG